UUUGCCUCUGAUGGGAAUGAAUUGGUACCACCCGUCGCUGGUUGGAGAGUGUCAGCAGUGUCCAUUCUGCCCCCAAAACUGGCUGGCGUGACGGGGCUCUGGGGGGGAAAUCAUUUACAACCCACGUCUGCAAACUUUUGGGGAGACGCCACGACUUUAUAAAAAAUCCGACGAGUUUUGACCCCACACUGUCGAGAUCACCAUUUGUCCCAUUCCACUACUCGAACAAGAUGAUGAGCGCAACCACCUUUGACCGUUGCAGGAUCCUUGACAAUAUCCUCGAGCAUAUUGGCGGAACGCCAAUGGUUCGUUUGAACAGAGUGUCAAAGGAUGCUGCACUCGAAUGCGAACUAGUUGCAAAAUGCGAGUUCUUCAAUGCCGGUGGUUCCGUAAAGGACCGAAUUGCAAAGCGUAUGGUUGAAGCGGCGGAAAAGGACGGCACCCUCAAGCCUGGCUAUACUCUCAUCGAGCCAACUUCCGGCAAUACUGGCAUUGGUCUUGCCCUUGCUGCUGCUGUCAAAGGAUACCGCGCCAUUAUCACCCUUCCAGAGAAAAUGUCUCAAGAAAAGGUUGAUGUCCUCAAGGCACUCGGGGCGGAAAUUAUUCGAACACCCACGGAAGCCGCAUGGGACGCUCCGGACUCACAUAUAGGGGUUGCAAAGCGGCUCAACAGUGAAAUCAAAGAGUCACUCAUUCCAGACCAAUAUUCCAAUGUGAACAAUCCGAUGGCGCACUAUGAUGGAACAGCAGAAGAGAUCAUUGCACAAUGUGAUGGCAAGAUUGACAUGUUUGUCGCGAGCGCUGGAACCGGUGGAACGAUUGCAGGUGUGGCCAAGAAGCUCAAAGAAAAGUACCCCAACGUAAAAGUGGUAGGAAUUGAUCCCAACGGAUCGAUUCUUGCCCAACCCGAGACUUUGAACAACGAAGGCAUUCAUUCAUACCAAGUCGAGGGUAUUGGGUACGACUUUGUUCCCGAGGUUUUGGACAGGCAAUAUGUCGACGAGUGGAUCAAAACCGAUGACAAAGAGUCAUUCCUCAUGGCCCGGCGACUCAUUCGCGAGGAAGGUCUCCUCUGUGGAGGAUCAUCUGGGGCUGCGGUUGUGGGUGCAAUCAAGGCGGCUAAAUCCCUCAAACCCGGUCAACGCUGCGUUGUUCUUUUGGCUGAUUCCAUCCGAAACUACAUGAGCAAGCACCUCAAUGAAGAUUGGAUGAAGUCCAACGGAUUCAUUGACGCUCAGACUGAAAAGAUUGAAGCCGACCGUGUAUCACAGUGGGGUGGCGCUACCAUAAAGGACCUUCAAUUGCCUGUUGCUGUUACGGUCCCCGAGAACAUAACGUGCAGGGAAGCUGCCGAAAUUAUGCAAUCCCGCGGCUUUGACCAGCUCCCUGUGACAUCGUCCACCUCUACGCGCCUUGUAGGGCUCGUCACCCUAGGAAACUUGCUCGCCAAGGUGGCUAGCGGUCGGGCAGGAUUGGACGAUACAAUAAACCGCGCCAUAUUCCGAUUUGACAAGAACAAAAAGUUUACAGAAAUCACCGUCGAUACACCACUUGAAAAGCUUUCAAAGUUUUUUGAGGCUCAUUCCGCCGCUGUUGUUACUGACGCUUCCAAGGGGUAUCUGUCGGUACGGCAUGUGGUGACAAAGGUAGACUUGUUGGGCUUUCUUGUCACACAAGGCAGCACCAGUGAGACCAUGGCAAGUCGCUGAGGACUUUUUUUGUUAGAUAUAGAUGCAAUGUGACAUUAUUCUGAUGAUUUUAUUUUGUAAAUGUGAUAUUACUGUAAUACUGCGUGCCUGG